UCUAAAUUUCCGCCAUCCCAAAUCCGAACUCGGCUCAUCGUCGUCAAGCUUGUUCUCAACCAGCUUCUUGCUUCUCAAAUUGCACACGAAAGGUUUGCCAUAUUAUGGCCAACUAUACGACCGUCUUACUCGGCUCUGUAAACACCGUUCCUGAUGAUACCGCUGUAUCGGACCUUCCCCGUGGUCAAGUCGAUUAUCUUUCCCAUGAGUGGCGAGAAGAAGAUGUAUGGCGUUCAUGGCGGAGCAUGACUCGUCUAAAGAACGAAAUCACAAAUGGAAUGAGGUUGGAGAACGCUUCCUGGCGCACGUGGUGGAAACAACGCAACAAGCUUAGCACUGUUAGCCCCGAGACCCUUAAUUGGCUGAAAGAUUCUGAUGUUACGUGGCUAUAUGGUCCUCUUCACACGGCAGAUUACCCCGCCCCCGCCCCCAGCCCCAAACCAUCAGCCAACACUGCCGCCGCUCUCGAUCUCCCCAUGCUUUCGUCAUCCCCGCCCACUACAAAGCCAAUUCUAAAGCACCGUUCUAUUAUGGAGCUUCUUACUUCCGACCUACCUUCUUCUCCCAAGUUUAGCCCACCUGAAUCGGAAGAGGAUGAAAUACUUCAUAUUCAUUCGGAUCACGAAGCUCCGAAGCAUUUGACGGGGCCUGGUGUCGGAGGAAUAACAAAGAGGCCACCUCUCACGCACACUAAGAGCGAUACGCAUAUCUCCCGCUGGGGCCUCAAACGUGAUUGUAGGCGGGAUUCACCUCCGCGGAUCAUUGCAUCUGGAACUCCUGUUAUCACGACUGAGAUGGCCCCCGCCUCCAGGCAGGGGUCACCAGAUGCUGCGAUUGUGCCUGGCCAGAAGCGGAAACAUAUCAGCUUCAACACAUUCGUGGAACAAUGCAUCGCGAUCGAGAAGCCAAAGAAGAAGCGCACAGUUUGGAAUGUGGAAUAUACCAAUUCCAAGACAGUGGGUUCGAACGAUUAUAGUCAAGGCUAUAGUUUUGAGGAUGAUGGGUAUGAUGAGGACUCCGAAGAUGGGAUCAUCGACGAAACUGACGAGCUUCUUUUUGGAGAUGAAGACGAACGCCCCAGCUCACCGUCACAUCUUCAUGCAUCUUAUCCUCGGAGUACUCCUUCCCAUCCUCGGCCUUCCCCACCGCCACAGAAUACUUCCCCUGUAUCCUCUUCCACAUCGGAGGAAGAAGAUGAAGAUGAAGUCCUCGAGAUGCGCGUUAGGCAUGCUAACGCCGGGGGCAUGCUACCUUCCAGAUCAUCCUCGCACUCUUCCUCGUCGACCUCCUCUUCCUCGCGGUCCCGUCCACCCAAAGCUCGCUCCGCAUCAUAUACGCAUCACACGAACGGUACUUCGGUCCAUCAUAGGCGAACAAUUACCGGCGCCCUCAUGCGCACGCCCAGUUCAGAUAAGGAGCUUGUCACUAUCGCGCUCAUUGCACCAACCAUCUUGAAGACUCGAACGGAAGAGGAUGAGCACUAUCCCUAUGCCCAUUCUCAUGGUUACCCUCAUCCACCAUCAAGUGGCAAGUGGUAUGCCUACGGUGCGCAGGACUCACCCGUGGAGCUUGUCUACGUACCCCCAAGCUAUAUUUGUGCGGACAUUGACGGUGUAGACGGCGACGGGGUGGUCGACGACAUGAUGGCCGAGCGAUAUCAUAAGAGCUUGAAGCCAGCGCAGUUUUUCGAUGGCCCUCUCGUCGCGUCUCCCAGUCCGGAUGAGGAUGUGCCAAUGAAGGAGGUUGAUACUCGCACAUACUUUGAGCAGCAUGAACGAGUUGAGCCUGAGGCUGACGGCCCAGAGAGCGGGCUCCGCUACUCCCAUGGUGGCGCAAGAAACAUUCCUAUUGUGCGGAAUUUGGGACGACCUGAAGUCGUCGUGAGCUCUGAGGAUACCUCUGGAGAACGCUUAUCGCGUUCCGACUCGAGAUCUCGUUCUAGAUCGAGGUCUCACUCCAGGUCUCGCACACCAUCGCCUUCGUUGGCAUCCAUACAGGCGCCGCCCCAAAGUACAGCAGUCCCUGUACCCAGGUCUAGCUCGUUCUCGUCCCCAUCUGGAUUACUUCAGCCACCUGACGUGCCUCGUGGCCGGUCUGCGUCGUCAUCGACAUUGUCCUCACAGGCCGAGGGGCAGCAGGCACGAGGACGGAGUGUCACACGGACGUCUUCGUUCUCAGAUCGUGAUAGUGAGAGUAUGGAAAGACUUGGGAGCCUCAGCCCUGACGGUGGAUUUGGACUGGCAAUCGGAAUUGGCAGUGCUUACAUAGGUGGACGAGAACGGGACGCGCGCAGCGAUCGUCAAAGGGAGGGAGUCGUACGCGUUGUGGAGCGAGGUCGGGAUCGUGUUGGGCGCCGAACAGAUUCGAAUUCGGGGUCAGGUUCAAGUUUGAGCCCGGAAGAUCCACGGGUACCUACUGUGGUUACAGCUUCACUACCAGAACCACCGAAGAAGAAGUUCACGUCUGCGUCAUCCUCGUCUUCUGAUUCUUCAACGAUAUCAGCUGUUUCUGUGUCGACUGUGCGCCCGCCACCUCAGCUUGUGUUGAACACGGGACCUAGUACGCAGACUGGUCUGAUGCAAGCUGCUUCUGCUUCUGCCACCUCUGUAUCAUCCUCGUCUACGGUCAUACCCCCUGCACCUAAUCAAGCGCAGACAAUCAAAGAGGAGCAAGAGUGCAUCUCGCGACAACCUACGCCUGCCAACUCACCUAUCCUGGCAAUGCGCCCGGGCUUUCCCUCCCCGAAAUCCUAUUCCGCAGCGAAUUCGUCACGGCAUGACCGUAAACCGUCGGCUGGUACGUCGAGUAGUCCUACAAGGGACGACGAUCGACAGCAGGGUGGACUCGUUGGGCGCGCUGUCGAGAUUAUGGCCUUCCUAAAUUCCUUCUGGCAUAGUGGGGCACAAGCGAGUGCCUCGCCAUGAUUCUCGUUUCGAAGUCUAGAACCCCCGGUCAUCAAUGCGCCACCGCGAGCACAACAUGUCAUGAUAACACCAUGGCAAUCCCCUCCAUCUCCCCGACUUUGACGCUUAAUCACACCAUUUACUUAUCACCGCUAUUUUGGAACUAUUUCGUCUUCGCUGGGUCACAUCGU